GUUUGCCGGGAAAAUCCAAAGAAUGAGACGUUGAUGCGCGCUCCCGAGAGCCGUGCCUCAGUAUUUCUCUUCCACUAAUCAACAUCGACAACAAACUACAACACUAGGUCAAAACUGACCCUGAAUGGGCGUUCUUCUUAUUGGACAGGUUGCAUCGAUCAUCUCUGAUUGGUGGUAGCUUUCAGAAGAGGUGUGUCUUCCUCAUCAGUGGGCGGAGUCUGUCACUGCUGCAGUACUAUGUGGUUAUUUCAGAGAGUGCUGCUGAUCGGGGCUAUAGGGAGCAAGAGCUUUGCUAGAGCCAUGUGUGCACAAGCUAAUGACUGGCAGUCCGCCAAGUCUAUAUACGAGUUCUCAGCCAAAGACAUCGAUGGAAAUGAAGUUUCUCUGGAGAAAUACAGAGGUUAUGUGUGUAUCAUCACUAACGUGGCCUCUAAAUGAGGUAAAACCUCAGUAAACUAUACUCAGUUUGCGGAAAUGCACGCCACGUACACUGAGGAAGGUUUACGCAUCCUGGGCUUCCCAUGUAACCAGUUUGGAAAGCAGGAGCCUGGAACAGAGGCGGAGAUCAAGGAGUUUGCCAAAGGAUACAACGCAGAGUUUGACCUCUUCAGCAAGAUCGACGUGAACGGUGACGGAGCUCAUCCUCUCUGGAGUUGGAUGAAAGAACAGCCAAAAGGCCGAGGAACUCUGGGAAACAACAUCAAAUGGAAUUUCACUAAGUUCCUCAUUGACCGAGAAGGGCAGGUUGUAAAGAGAUAUGGGCCAAUGGACGAUCCAUAUGUUAUUAAGAAGGAUCUCCCGAAAUACCUGUAGCUGUUUGGAUCAAAUCCGCUCUCCGUCCCGUUCACUUUGUAAUCACCUCUAGUUGAUAACUGGACGUUAGCGGGGGGGGUGACACCCAGUUCCAUGACGGCCGUUCCUCAAGCCUGUGUUCAGGUGGGAACGUCCUGAUGACUUCCGGCGUGCAAAUUUACUGGGAACCCCCGCCAAUGUCCAGCUGUGUCACCAGAGAGGAUCUUAAUUCCAGCUGUUCAUGCACUGAAAUCACACUGAUGUACCUGAGGAAGAUUUAAUAAUGUGUAGAGAUGACAAUAAAAUAGUCACAACUUUUGUGUUUCUGCAUGAUCAGUUCUUUGCCAAACGUUUGGACCAUGGGAAAUACACAUGCAUGUGCUUUUGUUUGCUAAACUGAGUAAUUCAGAAGAAGUUGUUAUUAUUACGUGAGAGAUUAAAUGAAUGACACAGACUGAAUUUGGUUAAAAUUUGGGCCUCUUAGUGUCAAAAAGUGGAACCGAUUUCAACCUGCUGUGCAUAUGUUAGUGGUCUGAAGAUAUUGUUGAAAUUGCAGGGCUAAGGUUAAAGAAUAAAAUGUCCUACAUGCACUUUUUAUUCUGGUCUGGAUGGACCAUUUUUAUAGAGACUUUCAUUUGUAUUUCAGGCAUAAAUCAUGUGAAUUGGUACAUUUUGACAAAAUAUUUCAGGUUUGAAUGGAUCUCAAUGGAGGAUUCAACUUAAUG